AUUUAGUAGAUCCUUUUUUAAGUAUGUUAGAUCAAACUAAAAUAAUACAUAGGGUGACAAACUCACAAUAAACUCAAGACACGUAAAAAAAGAUCAAGGAAUUCAGGAGGAAGAAUAUGGGCGUAGCUUUAGAGGAGCAAUGGCGCUAAGGAGGCUUAAAUGGGUGUUGUAGCAAGGGUUGGUCGGUCAACUUUGGUUUUCCGUGACUUAUGUCAUGACUUUGACAAGUUUCCUGACGUCUCUACAGGAGUUCUUUGCGUGAAAAUGCUUAUUAAAAAACAACAAUUUCAAAGCAUUAUUUUAUUUGUAAUUAAAUUGACUGUUUACAUUGUGUACAACAAAGUGUGGUCGUCCAGAUCGUUUAACACCACAUCACCAAAUAAAUCUAUAUCAAUCAACGUGUCUGCAAAAAGAUAUAACAGGUCCAUUUGGUUUAAAAGUUCUGACUUUAAAAUAUUUGCGAAAUGA